AACAGGUCGAGCACAUCGAUCGAGAAGCUACCGCCCCAAAGAAACCGAACUUCAAAUCCUUCAAGCAAGAUGUGGCAACUGACAUGGGCCUUUGCAUUGGCUUUCCUGCUGGUGGGUGGAGAGGCAAAGCCCUCUCAUCUUCACUACAAUCACUUUGAUCCCCACCAUGUCAACCACUUUGACGGACAUCAUCUGAGCCACUUGGAUUCUCUGCAUGCUCUGCCGCACCACUUGGAUUACGCGGUGCAGGAAUCGGUCCUUCCUCCGCCAGCUCCUUUGCUUCCUGCGGUGGCUCCACCACCAGCAUUUGCUCCUCCACCACCAGUAUAUUCUCCUCCACCACCAGUUUAUGGACCUGCACCUCCUGCUCCUGUAUAUGCUCCACCACAACCUGUAUUUGCUCCAGCUCCACUGUUACCGGCUCCUGCUCCUCUAUUACCUGCUCCUGCACCAUUUUUGCCCGCUCCUGCACCUCUUCUUCCCGCUCCUGCACCACUUCUACCAGCACCUGCACCACUUUUACCAGCUCCAGCCUUCCUGCCAGCUCCUACUCCUCUUUUGCCCGAGUUCCAUGUGCCCAGUGUCACCCAUCAAGUGCUGCCGCCCGUCCUGGAGGCGGUUCCCUUUGCACCCACCUACCGUGCCAUUCCCGGACCGAAGACCACCACCCACCGCGUGUCCAUUGGCUACGCCUUUCCCAAGCUGCUGGCCACGCCACACGCCCAUCUGAAAGCCCUGCCCCUGAAGUUCGCCCAUCACCAUCAUCACUCUCUGUGGUGAUCAUCCCAAUCUUAGUGAUGAUGAAACCUCACCAAAGAGUAAUUAAAGUCAGCUAGGAAAUUUAAAGCGUUAAUCUACAA